AAUCCAGAUGCCCUGUACAUGCAAAGGACCGAGAAGCGUACUAGAAAGAUUGUGAAGAGAAUCAAGCAGCUGAUGAAGGAAGGGGCGGAUGGCAAGCGGCAGGCAAAGAAACUGAUGGACGACUGGAGCCUGCAACGUGCUGAAGAGUCCCCACUGGCUGGGUUUGCUGGCACUGAUUGCUGCCACCUCAUCCAGCCAGACCCAAUGCAUCAAGCAGACAAGGGCGACACAGAGAGUGCAUUGGACCUUCUCAAGAAAAUCCGAGGACGAGGACGGCAUCGCACUCAUUGACGAGCGCCUGGCAACCAUUCAGCCCAUGCAUGGGCUGGCCCUGCCGAGCCGCGGGCUGUCGACGGUGAAGAUCGUAUCUGGACUUUGAGCGGCUGCGGGACCUGGACGUGCACGAUGAGGAGUCCCUGGCGCGCCUUGAGGCCAACUGUCGCAGGUACCAGAUGCUGGCUCUAGAGAAACUGGGGGGUUUGAGGAGCUUCAAAACCUCAAAAUUUCACGCCCACGGCAAGUAUGUGCCGCUCAUCCGCUGGCUGGGCAGCGCGACACUGGCCUCAGCAUCCCCAGGAGAGGCCACGCACAAGGUCAUCAAGGCGGGUUACCUCAACAGCAACAAGAAGUCUGGCGGCUUGGAAGAACAGGGAUCACGGCAGGAAUCUGGAUCUGGCACGGUCGGUCAGUGCAGACCCAGCAGCAGACAUGCCAGCAAGGAGUGCGGGCCAGCUCGCGGUGCAGACAGUCUCGCAUCAGCUCAUAAACCAUUCUAAGCAGCUGCACUACAAGCAGCUGUCUAGCGGCUCAAGCGCUGAUGCUGCGUGGCUGGAGCGGCGGCCUGAGCUUGUACACCUGGAGCGCUGCCUGCGGCUGUACCUGGGCGCUUUGGCAGGCCUACCGGACGCCGCAGAUCUUGACAUGCUGCCGGACGCCAAAGGGGAUCUGGUGUUGGUGCGUCCAGGACUGGCUGUGCCUCUCAGCCUUCACAGGGGCUCACCGCAUGAGGCGGUGAUACUAAGGGCGGUGCCAGAGUUCGGAGCUGGGAAACGGGAGGCAUUCAGCUUUGUGACCGUCAGGUCAGGGGAGGAGGACUGGUUCGCGCAGCUCCGGCUAGUUUUCAGCUGUACGGACAAAGAGGGGGCGGAGCACCGCUGCGCCUUUGUGCACUGGUUCUGCCAUGCUGAGGAGGGAGAGCUGCCCAUGCAGCGCCUACAAUGGGCCACCACCGCCUCUGCCAGUGGUGCAAUUAUCCCCUGGUACGAUGUCAUUGACAUCUGCAGCAUCGUGCGCCCUGUGCUGCUCCAAAAAGAUCCCACUGAGGAUGACAAAUACUACUUCAACAAGUAUGUGGGCAGGUGACUGAUAACUCUGAUGGUUGAUCCAAUGUUGGUGCUGUCUCACGCAUGCACAUGAGCGGUGUACUGUAAAAAGAUCUUCUUCC